ACACACAGCCGCAAGUGGUGGGGACGUCACCGCAAGCGCUCGUGCCAGGCUAGGUGCACCUCGAGGCCACGUGAAGUGUUGCAAUGCUCGGCUUCUGGCAGGUCACGGGACAGACCCAAGUGUCGUGAGUUGACUGAGAUGACGGGCAGAGAGGCACCGCCGGUGCUCCCCGCCGUGCCACCUCGCUGUGUUCUAUCCACCCGCCCUCCGCUGCUGCUGGAGGGCGACUGCCUCCGACUGCCCAGUAGCAGCAGCGCCCUUCACGAGCCUCCUCCACAGAGGCCGAUCUUGACACCCGCUGGUACCAGUCAUCGGCAAGUCCACUCAGCUCCACAUCCUCCUGUGGGAGCUUCCAAACAGCGUUGCGCAGCCCAUGAAACUAUAACGCCGCUCGAAUAAUUCGGAGUGAGACCUGCUGCCAAACGAGAACUGGUCAUAAGCAUACUGCCUGGGUAUGGGAAACAUCUCUCUUCACAACUGCCCCGUCACUCGUGGGAGUUAAGGGGGUGGAGUGUUUGAUGACAAUACCACAGGGAUCUGGUGAGAUGAGUAACACGGAGCUGCUGCACCUGGGCACCCAGGAGGACGAGCUGCUCUAUAAGCGCCUUAUGCUGCAGGCUGUAGAAGAAGCCCAGGCAGCUCAUCCUGUGCCCGUCCCUCCAUCAAAUCAGAUCACCCCUUCGCCAGGCUUGUGUGUAAAAACCCAAGGGGGUCCCGAGGGAGAGCAGCCUGGCAAGGUUUUUGUGAACGUCUGCACGUCGCCCGCGGUGCCUUCUCCUCCGUCGAUAUCGGAGGAGCAGCUGGCUGCGCUGCUGGACUCCAGCGAUCCCACCUCCUAUCGCGUGCCCAUGAGCCUUGGAGAGCCACACGAUGAGUUUGACACAGGUGGAAAUGUUUGCACGGCGUACGACGUGGUCAUAAACCCGGAAUUCUAUGACCGGGCAAAGGGGAGUGAACUCUUCAUGAACUUCCUGCUCAUCGUGGUGCUCGAGGGAUUGGAGGACAAGUACCACAUUCAGAUAAACAAAGAGUGGAAGCUGCUGAAGAACCGCAAGUUCAUGGGCUCCCUGUCCCAGCAGCACGUACGAACGCGUCCUCGCCCCGUCAUCCAGGAGCUGUCCUCCGGGUCAUCACAACUACCGAGUAACCAACCCAAGGAGAGAGAAUCGAUCGUUCAGCCAAAGUACCGACUGCUGCGAGAGCCCGCAAGUGGACAGCCGCGUUUUCUGGUUGCGGAAAUUAACUUGCCGAAGAUGACAUCCAGCAGCUCCCUACAGCUGGACUUGGGAGAAGACCGAGUGGUGCUGUCCACGCAACCAAGUCGUCCUGCCUUGUUUAGAAUUCGACUUGCCGUGGUGUGUACAGCAGGAGGAGAGCUCAGCCCAGUUCAAUCGUGACACCAAGAUCCUACACAUCACCAUGCCCGUUCAGGAGUAAAGGUCUUGCCACGCAACAGAGAAUUAAAAUGACGGAGCUCGGGCUUCUUGUUGCGUCUGUGCUGCGCUCCAAUCCUGAGUGAGGGCCUCUGUUUACUUUGAGGGCGAGUAAUGUCUAUGGAGCUCUAUCAUGCCGAGUGUCCACAGCAUAUUGUAACCACGGUGGACCGUCAUCAGGCCACGUGCAUACAACUCAGAGUAGGCCUCCGCGGCUAUGAGCAUGCCGGGACCGUGCUGAGACAGCACCACUGUCAGUGCUGACGUUGGUGCAAUGGCGGCAGGACCCGUGACAUUGCUUCGUUGUCACCGUAGCUACAAGAAGCAUCAGCCGUGAUAUCGCUCAUCUCACUCAAACCCACUUAACCAAUUAACAGUGUCAGACACACGGUGUGGACAUUUAACCUCAAGUUAGAUAACCUGCGCUCAUUACUUCCCGACCAUUACCACCACCACCACCCUGAUGCUCCUCGAUUCCAGAUGCGGUGUGCUCUCCUGGGGUCGGAUUAUUUGGUGACCCAGGUGCCUCUUGCAUACGAGGCCGUCCUUGCCUCUUGAGUUAUCGCCUGGCUAAACAAAAUUAAUUCGGAAACUAAACUGGGUCAUUGUGGAUGGGAGAUGAGGUACAGUUCAGGUCAAAGCACGUCUCUGGUCCAUUGGCAAUCGCGGAAAAAGUUGUUCUGUGUAGACUUGUUUGUGUUCACAAAUGUGACCAAUAUUGUUUACUUGCCUAUUUGAUAUUUAAAAAAACUAAAUAAAUGAUUUCACAUGAU